AUGUCCUGUGGAGAUCUGGAAACUAAUGCUGCUCUGCAAAGCAUUGCCAAGAAUCUGAAGGACAUGGAGGCAGAGCACAAUGGCUGCGCCAAGGUGCUGAGGCUCCAGGCCAACUCUCUGGAAAUCAAGAACAAACGGCAGGAGAGGCUCCUCAAAGAACUGGAGGCAGCUGCAGUGAAAAUAAAGGAACUGGAGGAUGAUGCUGCAGCAGCAAGACUAGCACAUGUAGAAUGUAAAUACACAACAGAUGUCAUGCAGUUGAGAAUUCAAGAACUCGAAGACGUUUUGAAUGAAGAUCAGCUCGGCAGAAGACAAGCUUUGCCAGAAGGGGUAGCAAGGGAAGAUUUCAGAGAGCCAAGGGAGAUGUCCAUCCUCCUGAACUUAUACCAGACCCUGGCAAACGCCCAGGUGCUUUCCAGACAGACAAACGUCCCCCUGGAAGAAUUACCUUGGACAGAGCUUUGUGCGCUCUUGCGUGAGAAUGUUGAAGCCCUGGUCUCGAACUUCAACAAGGCUAAGCAGAGGAUAUCUCACCUAGAAUAUAUGUGCAAGCACAAGACUGAAACUAUGAACAACCUUCAGCAGAACCAGGAGGAUGCUUUGGAGAAAAUGUCUGAACAGUUAAAAGCACAGGAACACUGGUCGCAGAAAGAAAAGCAAUAUCUUGAACAGCAGUACUCAAACGCCCUUGCAGAAAUUCAUGCAAGAUCACAGGAAUGUGAAGAAACGGUGCAGAAAAACAGGCAAAAACUCUAUGGCCUUGAACAACUCUCUGACAAACUGGCCCAAGAAAACAAUACCUUGAAAAAUUCAUUAUUAGAUGCUUUCAAGGCACGCUCAUUCCUGCUGGCAGCCUCUGCACUGCUAUCAGGGGCCCUGUGCUCUCUCUACGGCCGACUGUGCGCCAUGUCUUGCCAAAGAGACAUUCUCCAGGAACAGGUGAACCAGCAACAACUAUUGAACCACAAGAUCGUCAGCCUCCUUUAUGCUCUCCCUGCUGUCAUGGAAAGAAACCAGGACGAAGUCAGGACAAGGCAAAGAAGAGCCAAGAAGCUGGCUUAUGUGUUCCGAAGAGCUGUGAUUGUAGCUCUGGCUGCCAACAGGCUGAGGGGUCUGGCCCGAUAUUCUUGUACCUUUUUUGUCUGGUCAGACGGAUGCAGAGGAAGCCCUGGAAUUCAAGUUUGUCUGGGAGAAUCCAGAGGCAGGCAUCCUGUGACACGUUUUGGAGAGGAAGGAGUUGACUGUAUUGAAGCAAUUAACUGGUUGUGUAGCUCUAACCUCUAUACUGCAAUGAUCAAUUCUACCUCAGAUCUGGAGGGUGUUCUCAACAACCAAGAUUCAGAGCUGUGGCUUUCUAGUAACUCGCUGAUCGGCACAGCCAGGAACUGCUUUGCAAAACUGAUGGACAACCUGAGCGUUCUGAUGGAGACAGUUCAAGGGAACACUCGUGGGUGCAGAGCCUUCCUGGAGAGGGACUCCCUGAUAGACAGGCUGGCUCGUGGGCUCCGCAGACUAAAUGCCCAGGCCCUGGAAGCUGGAUUGCAUGACAGACUGCCCAGCACACGUGGGAACCGGAAGGAGGAGCGUGGGAACCGGAACUGGAGGAGGCUGAGGCGGGACAUAGCAGUGGGGCGGGGCGAGGGAGUGGGCGCGGCACACCACCCCUCUCCGCCUCCUUGGUGGUGUUUGGAGGCGGAGCGGAAUAUGACGGCAGAGCGGGGGAGGAGUCAACCGGGGGCGGAACUGGAGGAGGGAAUUGGGGAGGAGCCGGAGGAGGGGCAGAGGGUGGAAGUGUGGGAGGAGCAGAGGAGUGACGACCAACUGGAGCACUGUAACUCCAACUCCGCGGGGUCCGGUCGGUGGUCAGCUGUCCACUUCGUGCCCCACGUUGGGCGCCACCUGCGCUAG